GAACACACACUGAAACUCUUUGGUCUGCAGAGACAGACACAGCAAAAGCCUAAACACUAUAUCCAUUAUAAUAAUCAAUAAACAAAUUCCAAACGACGGAGUCGUCGCCUUCGCAUUCACAUUUUACAUUCAUUUACAUAGUAAUAAACGUUAGCGUAAUCCAUUAACAUUUUCAAAAAGUAAGCUUGUCUUCUGGUUUAUCAACUCUCUCUCUCACAGUCAAAUCCUCUCUCCCUUGUUUGAAUGCGUAAGACUACAACUUCUAUCUUCGCCUCCUAAAUUUCACAAGGACGCCACUUUCAACUUUUCCGUUGGAACAAUCUUUCAUUUAUCAAUGGCGGCGAUUUUUCCUCUCGGAGUUAUGAUCGCUGUUUUGUUGUUAUUACAUGUGGGAUCAGUGUUCAGUCAUUUUCCGACGACUUUAACUCUUCAGAGAGCGAUUCCACCGAGUCACCAGCUCCAGUUGGCUCAGCUUGUUGCUCGUGACAGGAAGAGGCAUGGUAGAUUGUUACAGUCUUCAGCUGGGGUCGUUGAUUUUCCUGUUUCCGGGACUUUUGAUCCAUUUCUUGUUGGGCUUUAUUACACACAAGUGCAAUUAGGUUCUCCACCUAGAGAAUUCUAUGUGCAGAUAGAUACUGGAAGUGAUGUUUUAUGGGUCAGUUGCAGUUCCUGCAAUGGUUGCCCUACAACCAGUGGACUUAAAAUUCAGUUGAAUUUCUUUGAUCCUCAGAGUUCAUCAACAGCUUCAUUGAUUUCUUGUUCAGACUCGAGAUGUAAAUUAGGACUUACAUCAGAAGAUUCUGUCUGUUCUCAGAACAAUCAGUGUGGUUACACUUUCCAAUACGGAGAUGGUAGUGGAACUUCAGGCUAUUAUGUAGCAGACUUGUUACACUUAGGCACUAUUGUUCAGGGUUCUUUGAUGACAAAUUCUUCAUCUCAAGUUGUCUUUGGCUGUAGCACCUCGCAGACUGGGGACUUGACAAAAUCUGACAGAGCAGUGGAUGGGAUCUUCGGAUUUGGGCAACAGGCAAUGUCUGUUGUCUCACAGCUUUCUGCAUCAGGAUUAACACCGAAAGUGUUCUCCCACUGCUUGAAAGGAGAUAGUGCUGGUGGGGGUAUAUUGGUCCUUGGCGAGAUUGUGGAACCAAAUAUAGUAUAUUCUCCACUCGUCCCAUCACAGCCUCAUUAUAAUCUGAAUCUGCAGAGCAUUUCUGUUAAUGGCCAAACUUUGGCUAUUGAUUCAUCUGUGUUUGCUACAUCAAGCAACACAGGAACUAUAGUUGAUACAGGGACAACUUUGGCAUACAUUACUGAAAAUGCCUAUGAUCCUCUUAUCAAUGCUAUUACGAGUUAUGUUUCGCAAUCCGUACAAUCUGUUGUUUCCAAUGGAAAUCAAUGUUAUGUUGUCAUCAGCAGUAUUGCUGCCCUAUUUCCUCAAGUCAGCUUCAACUUUGCUGGAGGUGCAUCCUUGGUUUUAAAUCCUCAAGACUACCUUGUACAGCAGAAUUCAGUUGGUGGUGCUGCAGUGUGGUGCAUUGGCUUUCAAAAGAUUCAGGGUCAAACAAUUUUGGGAGAUCUAGUUCUGAAAGACAAAAUUUUUGUAUACGAUCUUGCUGGUCAGAGAAUUGGAUGGGCCAGCUAUGAUUGUUCAACAUCAGUCAAUGUAUCUACUGGUGCAAAUACCGGAAGUGAAUUUGUAAACCCGGGGCAGCUGGGCAGUGACACUGCACCACAGGUCCUACCCUUAAAGUUGAUACAAAUGAACAUGGUAGCUUUCCUUCUGCAUAUACUUAUUCUUGGCGGUUUCUUCUUGUAGCAUGAAUUGCCAGAGGUCCAAUACCAUUUUCUUAUUUUCAUUCUCUGCAUUGUAUAUUCUUAUUAUAGCAAUCGGCAGGCCUAUAAGUUAUUUGUUUUGUGGUGAUAAAUGGGGAUUAUUUUUUUCUUUAGAGUUUUUGUUAGGAUUUGCUUCAUUGGCAGUCUUGUAAAUUACAUUUACAGGGGAACAUUGGUUUACAGCAGAAUUAAUUAAUAAAAUUCUAUUAUUGUUUCUA